GGGUGAGCUCACCAGCAACCCUUUUGGGAAAGAGAAACAGCUGCAGGUAGCACUCCGGGAAACAGUCUCCCCACAUCUCCACCUCCCUUCAGCAAACCAUGGGACUCAGCGAUCAGGAAUGGCAGCAUGUUCUGACCAUCUGGGGAAAGGUGGAGACUGACAUCGCAGGCCAUGGGCAUGCAGUUUUAAUGAGACUUUUUCAUGACCAUCCUGAGACCUUGGAACGCUUUGAAAAGUUCAAAGGUCUGACAACCCCUGAUCAGAUGAAGGCCUCUGAAGAUCUGAAGAAGCAUGGAGUUACUGUCCUUACCCAGCUGGGCAAAAUUCUGAAGCAGAAGGGUAAUCAUGAGGCAGAGCUGAAACCCCUGGCUCAAUCCCAUGCCACCAAGCACAAAAUACCUGUCAAAUAUCUGGAGUUCAUUUGUGAAGUCAUUAUCAAGAUCAUUGCUGAAAAGCACGCUGCAGACUUUGGGGCUGAUUCCCAGGCUGCGAUGAAGAAGGCCCUGGAGCUGUUCCGACACGACAUGGCCAGCAAGUACAAGGAGUUCGGUUUCCAGGGUUAGCACAUACGCACAGCAGGACACUACACUGGAGGCCUGGCCUUGCAUCUUAGAGUAGCUUCCCCAGCACUGUUUUGUACAUCUCACAAUUGGCCAUCCAAGAUGUGUGGGAAUGCUUUGAUGAGAGGCCAAGAAUCACUGUAGGCAGUGCAGAGGCACUCAGAGUAAUGCGCAUGAUAAAUCUUUAUACUUUCCUGGCUUCAUGUAUACAAAAGAAAUAAUCCGUUUUCUUAGGAAAAAUAAUGUAAGACGUUAUCUGUGAGCUUCUGCCUAUCCCUUUUCCUUUCCCCUUCCCCAAGACCCAGUCUCAGCCAAGAGGGGAAUGACAUGACCAGAGAUGAAGGGAUGUGAAAGAGCAAGAGGAGCACAAAGGACUGCAGGGAAAUGAGAGGAUGAAAGGCUGACUCAAAUGAUGGGAAAGGGAUGUCAGAAUGGAAAGCAGGAACACAGUGUCCCAUUCCCCCAUUCUCUCCCCAGCUGAGACUGUUAGCAGGUUACUGUGGAGAGCUUUCAGCACAAUCACUGGUGUUACCUUGCUUUGUGGGGUUAAGUGGAGCUAGUGUCAGUCUUCAGAGUGUGCUGGUUUGGCAACUUGCAUUAGUUGCUAAAUUCAUGUUUAUAAAGUUACCAAGAGUAGUACUCCCCAUGAUCUGUAGGUUUAUGGCAGUCAUUGCUAUGCAUUUGAAUUUCUGUUGCACUGGGAAGUAGAUUAUGUGUUUCUCAGUAAAUAAAAACUCCUGCACCACCA